GCUACCCCACGCCCACGCUGCCGGGCCCGCUCCCCGCCGCUGCACCUCGAGCUCUUUAGACGGUCCUCAACUGCUACCACCACAACCACCAACAUGUCGGCCAAGAUAGACUCAGAGACGCUCAAGCAGUACCUGGCCGAUAGCCCGCCUUCUAUCGUGCCUCUGGCCAUCAAGCCCCACUUCGAUGCGCUGACGGAUAAAGAGAAGCUCUAUGCCCACCACCUCUCAGUAGCCUGCUUCGCCGGAACACGCGUUGUCCUUCGCCAAGUCUCCCCCGAAUCCGAGCACAUCUAUGACUUCAUCGUCGCUCUCCAUAAGCACACCAAGGGCGACUAUGCUUCCCUCGCCAACGACACCGGUCUUUCACACGAAGAGAUUGACGCAUACCUCGAUUACUCAGCGCAGUUCCUGGGCAACCUAGGCAACUUCAAGUCCUUUGGCGACUCCAAGUUCGUACCCCGCCUCGACCCCCGCCAGCUGAAGGCACUCGCGACCGCAUCCAAAGACACCCUAGCCAUCUACGACAAGUUCAAGGACGCCAUAUACACCGGCAAUGAUGUAGGGAAGCUGCACCUGGGCUAUCCCGGUGCAGGGCACAUAUCCACCUACUACCCUGAUAGUCCCGACAUCACCAGCGAGCGCAUCUCCAGCGUGAGCGAUUUCCUCGAAGGAAAAGGAUUGCUUCCCGAAAACACAAGGAUCAGGAAGACCAAGGACGGCUACGAGGUUCUCAUUGCGUCCGCUUCGGACAGCCCAGCGGCAGAGCAACGCGACUUGAAGGAAAGCGAGUGGACAAUGGACGAUGGAAGCAAGCUGAAGCUCGUCUUUGGCGACUACUCCAAAGAGAUGGACACCAUUGCAUACCAUAUCGAGCAGGCAAAGAAAUACGCAGCCAACGACCACCAAGUCAAGAUGAUGGAAGAGUACUCCAAGAGCUUCAGGACAGGAUCACUACAGGCCUUCAAGGAGAGCCAAAAGGCCUGGGUACAGGACAAGGGUCCUCAAGUAGAAUCCGACAUUGGCUUCAUCGAGACGUAUCGCGACCCACACGGCAUCCGCGGCGAGUGGGAAGGCUUCGUGGCCAUGGUGAACAAGGAGCGGACGCGCGCCUUUGGCAAGUUGGUCGAGACAGCCCCACAGUACAUUCCUCUACUACCGUGGGACAAGUCUUUCGAAAAGGACAAGUUCCUCAGUCCGGACUUUACGUCGCUCGAGGUGUUGACGUUUGCGGGCAGUGGCAUACCGGCCGGGAUCAACAUUCCAAACUACGAUGACAUUCGGCAGAACUUCGGUUUCAAAAACGUAUCUCUUGGCAACAUUCUUUCUGCAAAGGCACCCAACGAGAGCGUUCCAUUCAUCAAAGAGCGUGAUCUAGCAACCUACCAGAAGUACCGAGAUCCUGCCUUCGAGGUCCAGGUCGGUCUCCACGAGCUGCUCGGCCACGGAUGUGGUAAGCUGCUUCAGGAGACGGAGCCGGGCGUUUUCAACUUCGAUAAGGAGAACCCUCCGAUUUCACCCCUAAGCGGCCAGCCAAUAAAAUCCUGGUACAAGCCUGGCCAGACGUGGGGGUCGACAUUUGGUGCUAUCGCUGCUUCCUACGAGGAAUGCCGCGCCGAGUGCGUCGCUAUGGCGCUCUCUUGCGAAUUUCCCAUACUGCAACUUUUCGGCUUCGGUGACGGCAAAGCCGACAUGAAAAGCGAGGCGGGAGAUGUUCUGUUCACUGCAUACCUCCAAAUGGCUCGUGCGGGUAUUGCAGCACUGGAGUUCUGGGAUCCCAAGAGCAGGAAGUGGGGUCAGGCCCACAUGCAGGCCCGCUUCUCUAUCUUGCGCACAUUCCUCAAUGCUGGUGUCGAGUUCUGCCAGCUGGAAUGGGAGAAGGACGAUCUCUCCGACCUCACUAUCCGCCUUGAGCGCGAUCGCAUCCUAGAUCUAGGUCGCCCUGCCGUGAACGACUAUCUCCAGAAGCUUCAUAUCUACAAGGCAACUGCAGACGUUACCGCCGCCAAGAAGAUGUAUGACGAAAUCACCAGUGUCGAGCCCUUUUACGAAAAUAUGGUCAGACCAGCUGUGCUGAAGAAGAAGCAGCCGAGGAAGGUGUUUGUCCAAGCAAACACAGUCGAGAAGGACGGAAAGGUCGAUCUGAUUGAGUACGAAGCUACUAACAAGGGCAUGAUCCAGAGUUGUGUGGAUAGGGAGCAAGCAUCUUCUCAUCAAAAUUUCAUUAUGAAGUUCUCCCUUCUCGCGCUUGCAAGCGCUUACACAGCCAGCGCCGCCGUCAUCGGAGAAAGGGCAGCAUAUGCUGUCAAGGGCACACCUGAAGGUUUCGGAAAAGGAACGACCGGAGGUGGUAGUGCAGCAUGUGUCGUUCCUUCUUCAGUGUCGGAACUGAAGACGUGGCUCACCGAUAGCACUGCGCGUUGUAUCGUGCUCGACAAAGAGUACAACUUCAAGGGUACGGAGGGAACUACGACUGCCACUGGUUGUCGUCCUGCCUCCAACAAAUGCCCUGGCAAUGGAGGUCAGGAUGCUAUCAACUCCGCCAACUGGUGUACCAACGGAAACGCUGGAGCGGGUGCCACAUCGGUUACUGUCAAGUACGACAAUGCUGGUGUGACUGCUAUCAACCUGGGCUCCAACAAGUCCAUUAUCGGUGUUGGCAACAAGGGUGUUAUCCGCGGAAAGGGUCUCCGCAUUGCCAACGGCGCAAAGAACAUCAUCAUUCAGAACAUCCAUAUCACCGAACUCAACCCUCAGUAUAUCUGGGGUGGUGACGCUAUCACUCUGGACGGAGCUGAUCUAGUCUGGGUCGAUCACGUCAAGAUCUCCCUCAUCGGUCGCCAAAUGUUCGUUGCUGGUUACGGUAACUCCAACCGCGUGACAAUCAGCAACACAGAGUUUGACGGUCAAACCUCUUGGUCUGCUUCUUGCGAUGGACGUCACUACUGGGCUAUCUUGCUCCUUGGUGGCGGAGACCUCAUCACUAUGAAGGGCAACUACAUCCAUCACACCUCUGGCCGCAGCCCCAAGGUCGGUGGACAAGGAAACACACUGCUCCAUGCUGUCAACAACUACUUCUACAGUAACACCGGCCACGCUUUUGACAUUGAGGCCGGCGGUAUGGUCGUCGCUGAGGGCAACGUAUUCCAGAACGUCAAUACCCCCCUCUUGAACAACAACGGACAGCUCUUCUCUGCACCUUCAACCUCCGCAAACACUGUUUGCUCAAGCUCCCUCGGACACACCUGCCAGCUUAAUGCCUUCGGAAGCAGCGGCAGCUUCAGUGGCAGCCAAACGGACUUCCUAGUCAACUUCAAGGGCAAGAACGUUGCCAGUGCUGCAGCGGCGAGCUCAAACGUUGCCAACACUGCUGGUGUUGGCAAGAUCUAG